ACAAUUAGCCACGUGCCAUUUUAUUCAAAUGGAGAGAUGCAACAGUGGAGACAGAAACGUGAAGACAGUAAAGAAUUGAUUUCAAGAUAAAGAGGAAGAUACAGAAAGUGAUCCACAAUCAGCCGGUUGAGAGAUAAAGAGACAUGAACACAACCUGACAAGAAAGAAACAGCCUCAUUCUCUAAAACAUUUGACACAUUUGAUAAAUCCAACUUUAAUCAACUCAGUGUAAAAAUAUUGACACAUCUUUUCAUCCAGGGACUAAAAAAUACUAUAGUAAUGUUUGUUGUGCUGGAGGUUACAUCAUGUUGAAAACUGGUGGUUACCGGCCUGGUCCAACCAUUCACUUUCACUUUCACUUUGAGCAAGGUGAGGUGAACCGAUUGAGGGCAGGUAAGCCUCAGUCUGCUGAUAAAUCAAUACUACUUCAGGAGACAUAAAACGGAUCGCUGCUCUUCUUCAAACACCUCAGUAUCUGAUUGUGAUGCAGCCAGAAAGUAGUUCAGCAGGAAAUCUGCGUCCUCACUUUCUCGUCCUCGUUCAUCCACUUGUGGAGGGGUUCAUUGGUCCUGGGUACAGCUGACAAAUACCUACCAACACAUAUGAACAGGGAGAAGAUGAUCUGCAGCAACCUGCUGCUCUUCAUCCUGACCUCCUGUAUCUCUGGAACAUUUGUAGUGAAUGUGACACAGACCUCCUAUCAAGCAGAGGAGAACCACAAUGUCACACUGGAGUGGACGUUCACAGCCCAAACUGACAGGCCCAUCAACUCUUUUAUCAUCUUCUGUGAGCUGUUUACCGAUCUCAAAGUCUCCGUCCUGUUUCUACUACGUGAAGGUGUCGAGGUCCCAGAGUCUCAGGAUGAACAGUUUGCAGGACGAGUCCAGUGGGACAAAGACGUCCUCAGAGGAGGACGACUCAGAUUCCACAUGUCCAGGCUCAGGACUGAGGACUCGGGCCGUUACGUGUGUCAAGUGAUCACAAAUUAUAUUGCCACCUUCUUUAAAUGCCGCCUCAAUGUCACUGCGAGGGAUCGGCCCAAACCUGAUCUGUCUCCAACAGCAAGUCCACUACAGCCAGAGAAGGGGGGAAGGAUCAACAUCUGGAGUGGACUGAUUCUGACAGCAGGGUUAGCUAGUGUGAUGAUCGCUUUUUACUUGUUAUUUCAUCACUCUCCUUGCAAACAGGAGUUCAGUCCAGUUUGAUAGUGUCACAUUUUAUACCAUGGACACAGAAAAAAAUAGUUUCUCAUUGGCUGGCAGUUUAUAAAAAAAACUUUGUAUCAGGACAUAUAAAACAUAACAGCAGGUAACCAUAGCAACAAUUGUGAUGCUUCACACAUGUGACAUCAGCAAAAUGACCACAACCAAACUGUUAAAGUUGAUUGAAUGAUUGAAACACAUUCAUGGAAUAAGAGUCAGGCUGCGUCCCAAAUUCCAUACUAACAUUUUAUUUAGUAGCUAAAACAAUAUGUGAGACUUUUUAGUAUGUCCGAAACCUUAGUAUACACCAAUAGUGCGUGAAUUGCAUACUCUUUCUGGUAAAAUAUUACAUUAUGCAAUACUGGACACUACGCUGGCAUAAAUAUCCCACAAUUCAAUGCGGUAGUAACGACAACGUUCAUAACAGACAAACAGACAGAAACCAAGGAGCUCUGUAACGUCAAUAACGCUCUAAUUUACAUUUCUACUUAUUUAAACCACUGCUGGUCUAGUUAUUCUAGUUCUAGUUAUUCCCCUUUCAGUAAUUUAAGAAUUAUCUGGCGAUGCCACUAGAACAGUUUCCAUGGUUACGCGUCUCCAACGGCAUGUAGGCGCUCAGGAAGUGACGUUGAAUAUUACAGCUUAGUGCGUCCAAAAAGAUCCACACUACUGUUUAUUUACACCAAAGUAUGUUGAACGAUAGUAUACAUGUUAAGUAUGUAGUGCAGAGUAUGCGAUUUCGGACCAAACCUCAUAGUACUCAACGGAUAGACAAACAUAAUAUGGAGGAAACAAUGCUCUAUAUGAUUGGACGUCUCAUCACUUAUUAGACAGAUCUGAAGACUGCACUAUAUUCACUUUAUCUAAAUAUCUGCCUUGUACAGUUUGUAAAGCUAAUCUUAAACAUUUAUCUGUUGCAUUUAAAGCUCUGAGACUUUUUAUAAUAUAUAUACUGUAUAUAUAUAUAUAUAUAUAUAUAUAUAUACACAUAUAGAAAAAACUUAAGGCCAUAUUGUCCUUACUGGUUUCCCAUCAUACUUCCAUACUUUGGCCAGUAUAAUGCUUGCUCUUGGGGGGAAUUGUUGGGUUUCUGUAAAUUAUGAUGUGGUUUUAGACCUACUCUUUCUGUAAAGUGUCCUGAGAUAACUUCUGUUAUGAUUUGAUACUAUCAAUUUAAUUGAAUUAAUCAUUAAAAAGAUUACAAAAGUACAUUUUGUGUGGUAUUAAAACAAUCUAACAAAAACUCUUAUAUUGAAUGAAGAAACCCUGUACAAGCUACUGCAGUCUACUUGUAUUUAUUACAAUAUACUGAAAUUGUUAACUAUACACAUUCUAUAUUACCCACUGACUUUGAGUUCUGAGGAAAAAUACAAGUAGAUAUUAGCAAUUAAUUAAAAACAGUGAUUUUAUGCUGGAUCAUACUGAUGUCAUGAACUGACAAGAAUGAGGAAAUAAAAUGAGAGAUGCUUCUCUUUUAAAGGUGCUGUAGGUAAGAUUGCGAAGAUCCAGGACUUAGCCAAAAAAUUUGUCGCACUACAGGCUGUUGGUGGUGCCAGAGGAGCCAGGUUUAUUUUUAAUUACCUGCUUCAUGUAGUUCUACUGGAACAUAGGGUCAGUUUCAGCAAAUAUAACAGAAAGUUAGUUUUAUAAGGCUUACCUAUUGCACCUUUAACUGUAUCAUCUCUUAACAUAUUUAGUCGGAUUACUCCAUCAUACACAAUCUGAGUUCCCCAAACAUAGAGGCCACCUGACUACAUCUGAAGCAGGGAGGUUAAAUCAAACACUCCUGCGUGGGUAGGAACUGCCCCCUUCAGGUGCAAUCAAUCACAACAUUACAGGCUAUAUAUCUACAGACUUCCUCCCUUUGGGCACUUUCUUCUACCCCAAACAUGAUGUGUGUGUGUGUGUGUGUGUGUGUGUGUGUGUGUGUGUGUGUGUGUGUGUGUGUGUGUGUGUGUGUGUGUGUGUGUGUGUGUGUGUGUGUGUGUGUGUGUGUGUGUGUGUGUGUGUGUGUGUGUGUGUGUGUGUGUGUGUCUCCUAUAAGUUGAUUUACUUCAGUGCUGUUUUAUUUGUCGUUAACACACACAACUUAUGUUCAUGUUUGAGUCAUUGUUAACGAAUUCUGUUUUAAACCACACACAUUCAAUCCUUCUUUAAAUAAAUGCUCUGCUUUAACUGCC